AUGGAAGCACACCUCAUCACUAGAUAUGAUAAUGGUAACGGAAGGAUAGUUGAAGAAGAAAGAAGACCAAUACCACAACCGAGAGGAGGGUUAUCCCCUUUGAGGGAAAUUCAAAAACCCGAAGAUCAACAAAGAAAAGAUUUUCUUAUGCAAGAACAAUCUCGAUCAACUGAACAAUUUAAACGGACAACUACCAAAAAUGGAACUACAGAUAUUUUAAAGCCAUUACUUAUCGAAUCUGAGCCUGCAAAGACAAGAAUUCUUUCAUCCCCAGAAGAAAAUGGCCAUAAACCUGUUGUUAUAUUACCUACUAAAGCACGCCCUGAAGUUCAGAAACCUCGUUUAAUAGACUAUGCUACCUAUAAACGUGAAGUUCAAGAGCUUCAAAGAAGAGCGGCUAAGGUUGACAACAGAGGGGUUUAUGAGGAAGUUACAACACCCUACUUACCUCCUCCAAUGAGCCCGGCUAUUGUCCUUCCGAGGAAACAACCAUCUCUUGAUAAGACAACUUUGACUGGUCAGCGUGUACAAAAGGCCAAGGAAGCCGAGCCUGCUAUGGAGACGACAAUAAGAUAUUUCGCCAGAGAAGAGCUCUGGGAGAAACGAGGAGGUCUUCCACCUACCGAACCCAUACUGACCUCACGUCGUGAAGGCAGCUCUUCAGAGGAGGAAAUGAAAAGAUUAGAAGAAGCUAGACUUAAAAGGGAAGCUGAAGAAGCUAAAAUAAGAAGAGAAAGAGCUGCAAUUGAAGAAAAAAGAAGAAUUGAGUUGGAACAGCAAAGGAGGAGACGGUUGGCUGAGGAAGAGGCUUUGGAGGCUGCGAGGAGAAGAAAAGCUAUUGAAAUUGAAGAAGAAAAACGAAAAAUUUUGUUGGAAAAACAAGAAAAAGCGGCAGAAGCUGCUCGAAGACCUCCUGGCCCUCCCAUCACCUCUAGCCAUUCCUCUUCCUUCUAUGAAAGUUUUGAACGUUUUAGUAGUAGAACAACAAGUUUAGCAACCCCAACAGUUCCUAUAGAAAGUAAACAGCCGGCAGUGAAAGACCAAAUUCAAUUAAUUCCAGCUGUUCCCUUAACUAUAACAGAGUGGGCUGUCCCUAUUAAAAUGGCUGAGGAGAAGAAAACAGAGGAAUUGACACCUAAAGGAAGGGAGAUUGUAAAGAAGGAAGAGCCGAUCAAGCAAGAAUUAGCUAAAAUCCCAGCAAGAGAAUAUGAAGAAAUUGACACUUCUACUGAUGCUGGUAAACGACUCUUUGAACAAUUAAAACGAGAAUUGGAAUAUGAAGAGGAAAUUGAUACAGAAGUUAGAAGAAUGAGAAGAGCUAAAGGGGAAGAUAAAAAGGAAGAGGAAGAGGAGGAGGAAGAAUUGGGAAGUGUGGGACAGACUUUGGAACAUUCCCCUCCAAUACUUCCAUCUUCCACUGAAGGGGAAAUGGAUUCUGAACCUGUGGAGGAAGCCCCUUCUUCUGUUACUGAGGAGGCAAAUGGACAUUGGAGAGAGCAUUGGGUAAGCAUUCGAUGGAGGAAGCUCCCUAUUUGGGAGGAAGCCCUAUUAAGCUCCAAAUUUCCAUCCUAUCCCGUUAUCUCAUCUCUUCAUUAUUUCUGACAUAUCUCGCAAUCCAUUACAGCCUCAAAGUUAUUUUAAGUAGAGGUGGAUAGCUAAAGCAGGAUAACUUAGAGGCUUACAAGAAUUUCUAGCCUUUCAGGUAUAGAAUAAGGAUUUCAAGGAAUUUAAGUCAUAAAUAUUUUUUAUGAAAGUGAAGAGGAAUAAAUUUGAUUUCCAAUAAAGAUCCGAAAAUAUUAAUUCCUCGUUCAUGAAGAGGAAAAAUGGGGGCAUAGAAAUGAGGGCAUUCUCUCUCAAAAAAUAAAUAUGAGAAGUUAUUGUUCAAAUACUCUUUUUUAACUCC